CAUACUGAGUUGCUAUGGCUUCCAUCGGCUGGGUGUUACUGCUCUUUCUUGCUCAGCUACACACACUACUCUCCACCUCUAUUGCCCACCGUGCUGAUGGUGGUAACCUCACUCACCUCCCUGUCUCAUUUUUGUGCCAUCCAAACCAAGCUAAGGCGCUCCUCCAGCUGAAGAAGUCCUUCUCCUUCACAGAUCCACCACCAGGCUUUCAUCAUGGCGAAAUGGUACCGACUGUUGUCUCUGGGAGGGUGUUGGCUGUGACCCUUCGUCUGGCCAUGUCACCAUUCUCGACCUCAACAACCGUUGCUUGUCAAGUCAUGGCUUGGACCCUGCACUCUUCAGCCUCAUAUCACUUCGGCGACUCGACCUUAGCAUGAAUGACAUCGGUGGAGACAACAUCCGUUCUGCUGGUUUUGAGAGCAACUUAAGAGAGCUCUACCUUGACUCGGUGGAUUUGUCUAAUAGUGGAGAAGAGUGGGGCACAUCUCUUGCUGCAUAUGUUCCUCAACUUCAGGUACUUAGUUUAGCUGAUUGUCACCUGAGUGGUCCUAUUCAUAAAGCGCUCUCGAGACUCCAUUCUCUUGUUGUGAUCAAACUCCAAGAAAACUUUUAUGAACCUAGUGGUCGUCCAUUUCCAGAGUUCUUCAUGGAUUUUCCCAAUUUAACCGUGCUUCAACUUUCUCAGACAGAUCUUGAGGGGCCGUUACCAUCUAGACCCUUUCAAUCAAAAAAUCUAAGGGUCCUUGAUUUGUCCUAUAAUAUGAAUCUCUCAGGCCAUGUGCCAAACUUUUCUAAUGCCAGCUCUUUAGAGACUUUGAGACUUGAUGGGACCAACUUGGUAUAUGACAUACCAACGCCUUCUAGUAAUUUCACAUCGUUGAAGGAGUUGGGUCUUAAAAGGAAUUUAAUUUCUAUGGAUUUUCUCUCUGCAUUCGGUAGACUUGAGUCUCUACACCAGUUGGACCUUGAUUGUUUUUUGGAUAAUGAGUUGGACCACGAUUUGGACUCAGGAAGCGACUUAGGUCCAAUUUUCUCAUGGAUUGGCCAGCACAAAAACCUAACAAGUUUGGGACUCUUUGGAUGUAACUUCUCUGGGGCAGUUGGAAACCUCACGGGCUUGCAAACACUUGCAAUGGAUGAUUGCACAACAUAUGGCUCCAUGCCAUCUUCUAUCGGCAACCUCACAAAUUUGAGAAACUUGCAUAUAUUAUCUACGUUUUCAGGACCAAUGCCAGCUGCAAUUGGUGGACUCACAAAUUUAAGAAACUUGUAUAUCAAGGAUGUUGGGUUUUCAGGACCAAUGCCAGCUGCAAUUGGUGAACUCACAAAUUUGAGAAACUUGUAUAUCGAGGAUGUUGGGUUUUCAGGACCAAUGCCGCCUGCAAUUGGCAAGCUCACAAAUUUGAGAAACAUGUAUAUCGAGCAUUCUGGGUUUUCAGGUUCAAUGCCGGCUCCAAUUGGCAACUCACAAAUUUGAGAAACAUGUAUAUAGUAUCAUGUGGGUUUUCAGGACCAAUGCCAGCUGCAAUUGGUGAACUCACA